GCUUAAAUAAAAAAUUAUAAUGAUAAAUAUAUGCUUCACUGGUGCAACAUAAUUUUCAGAGUUCUAAAUCAAAAUUGAUAUUAACUUGUUAUUAGCCCAAAUGUAAUCAAUGUGCAAGAAACAAACCCUUCCAUAUGAUAUAAAUCCAUAAAAGCUUCAAAAUAUUUUCAUAACUCCUAAGUUAGGACUAGAGAAUAUCUAACCAAGCUUGUAUUAACCGCUAGAACUUACUAAAGCUAUCUCGUUAAGCUUUUAACGUCACAAGAAAACACAUGCAUUUGAGGACACGAGUAAAUCUGAACCCUGGAUACGGUUAGUGUCCCUGAGGACGGUAUAUAUGAACUGUGUGAUAUUUAAUUUAUUGCAGAUGGAGUAAACAAUGUGGAACCUGGUGAUGGGGGCUCUAGUAUCAAGUGAAGAUGAGAGAGAGCAAGACAUAAACAAUCCUAAACCUAAUUUUCAAUCCUCAUCUCAAGACAUCAAUGAUAUGAAGGUCUUGAGCUCUGGGUCUGUCCAGAGACCUUCUCAGGAUACUCCCAUGGUGCAUUCCAGUCGGGAACCUUCUCCAGAUGUUCCAGAGAGGCAGCAAGGAGAUGGUAUGGAGGUGCCGACCACAUCCAAACCACAACAAGAGACAAAAACAAUUCCUACAUCUAUGGUUCAAACUCCCGAAACAAAGGUCAAAACUUCAAAUCCUCCACCCAAAGCAAACCUUCCCAGUUCUCCACUAGUCCUGGAGAAACCCAAGAUGUUCCCUAAAGGUACCUAUCCUCCUUCCGUCAAGAAACAUAGAGAAGCAAAGUUUGUGCCUUACGAACCCUACAAGGGAGCAGUUACACCUUUCAUACAAACUAAACUCAGCAGGAAGAGUUCUGAGAGAAGAACUGUAUCCACUCCGAAGAAAUCUUUCAACCAGGAUGAAUCCGAACCUAAACUUGAGAUGGAUGAAGUCGACUCCUCUGCUCCUGACUCCAGUAUGAACCCUGAGCUGGAGGAGAAUUAUAGAACUAUGCUGAAAGCUAAGGAGAAUGAGUUGGAAAGGAUGAGAGUAGCAUUGGAGAACUCGGAGAAACAGCUGAAGAUUCAAACUCAGGUGAACUGUGAGGUUAAGAGGCUCCUAGUUGCCAGUGUUGGGGAGGAUAUUGAGGCUAGGGUUGAUUUCUUAACCCAGGAUAAAGCCAGGCUUGCUGCAGAUGUUCUUCAAUAUAAUAAUAAAAUAUCCAGGGACUGGGAGGAGAAGGAAGCUCUAAGUGUUGAGUCCGACAUCUGGCGGAGUAAAUUUCUAGCUUGUACUCUGAUACUUGAGGAGGUGUCCAGGAGUAAACAGUACUCAGAGUCCAGGUGUAACCAGAUAGAACACGCAGCCAGGCGUGUAUUGUUGGAACGCAACCAGCUAAAAACCUCCUUAGCGACUACCCAGAGUAUAAUCAGUAAACUGAACCUAUCCUUUGACCCGCUAUCCCGAAGUGAUCCCGUGACAAGAACCGAGGAUAUACUUCAGCAGGCAGAAUCAUUAAAUAGAAGCUGUCAAGCACUUUGUGAUAGACUAGUAGGAGAAAGUAAACCCUUGGCUGGGAAUAUAACUGAGACUCAUACCUCCCUGGAUUCUCCUGCUGAGAAGGAAUUGCGUAGACUCCUGGCAACUCUGUCCUGUGCUGAGAGCAGGUUACCGGAGCAGGCCAGCUCAACCCUAACCAAGGGAGCCAGGACUCUUCUUCUCAAGAUGGGAGAUAAAGCACAGAGCACUGGACAGGGGGAGUUCAGUACAUGCAGUCAUUGUAACGGCUCCGUGCAUGUAGUCUAGAAUUGAGUAUUUAUAUUUUUCAUCCUUCCCCUCUUUCCCUAUUUUUUGGAAAAUUACGGCAAAUAACGAAACUUGAAUCUAUUUUGGUAUUUAUUUUCUCAAAUUUCUCAGUUUAACCCUACAAAUGCGCAAAACACAUUAAUACAAUAAUGAAAAUAUUGACUUUUUUAAAAGGGGGGACGGGAAAUUGUAUGGAAGAUCUUUAGAUCUUUAGAUCUUUGAUGCUAAACCUUUUUAAUUUUAGAGUUAAUAUAUUAUGAUAUCGGUUUGGGACUUUCAUAUUUAUUUUUAAAAUUAUAGCCAUUAGUAUUUUUUUAUUCUUUUCCGUAAAAACGCAUAUUUGCCAUGAUUUUUUUAGAUUAAUAUCAUGAAUGUAUUCAAUUAUUCUCACAUGUAAUAUACAUGUUUUAAAAUAUUUUAGUGAAAUAAUCAACUUUUAUGCUAACAUAAACAUUAACUAUACAUUCCCUUGUGUUUAUUCUGAAGUUCUUUUAUAUAACAAACUGCCGAUUCUUCAUUGGUUUAAAGAAAGUUAACCAAUCAUAGCUUGUAAUGUAUUUAAGUCUUUUAGAAGAUACACUAUUUUUUAAACCUAAAUCUAUUUUUUUAUUUUGUUAGCUAUGUGAACUUAGAUACUUGAAUAAUUUAAAUAUUCUUUAACGCCAUCGGUAAAAGUUUUCAUAAUUGUGUAAUUUCAGGAGACAAAUCAGUAGCAAUAAGGAUGAUACUUCAUUUAUUAACUUUGAUUUAAUUUUGAACAUGUUAAAAUUUUAUAAUUUGUUUCAGAAAUAUAUAUAUUUUAUUUUCA